AUGGAGCUGAAGGAGAACACCAUCAUCGUCGUUCUCGGCGCUUCUGGUGAUCUUGCCAAGAAGAAGACGUAUCCCGCCCUAUUCGGUCUUUUCCGCAAUCAAUUCCUUCCUAAAGACAUCAAGAUUGUGGGCUAUGCCAGGACGAAAAUGGACCACGACGAGUACAUUCGAAGAAUCCGUUCCUACAUCAAGACUCCCACCAAGGAUAUGGAGCAGCAGCUGGAGGAGUUCUGCUCCCUGUGCACAUAUGUCUCCGGUCAAUACGACCGAGACGACUCUUUCCAGCAACUGACGAAGCACCUGGAAGAGCUUGAGGGCGGUCGAAAGGAGUCACACCGGCUAUUCUACAUGGCUCUCCCCCCCAGCGUCUUCACCAUUGUCUCUCAGCACCUAAAGAAGAUCUGCUACCCCAAGAACGGCGUGGCGCGCGUGAUUGUCGAGAAACCGUUCGGGAAGGAUCUUGCCAGCUCCCGCGAGCUGCAGAAAUCCCUGGAGCCUGACUGGAAGGAGGACGAGCUGUACCGUAUUGACCACUACCUUGGCAAAGAAAUGGUCAAGAAUAUUCUCAUCCUCCGUUUUGGUAACUCUUUCCUCGGCGCAACUUGGAACAGGAACAACAUCGACAAUGUGCAGAUCUCCUUCAAGGAGCCGUUCGGUACCGAGGGGCGUGGCGGCUACUUCGACGAGUUCGGCAUCAUCCGUGAUGUCAUGCAGAACCAUCUGCUCCAAGUUCUUACUCUUCUCGCCAUGGAGAGGCCCAUCUCGUUCUCGGCAGAGGACAUCCGUGACGAGAAGGUCAGGGUACUCCGCGCCAUCCCUGCGAUCGAGCCCAAGAACGUCAUUAUCGGCCAGUACGGCCGAUCUCUGGACGGCAGCAAGCCUUCGUACAAGGAGGAUGACACUGUCCCUAAGGAUUCGCGGUGCCCUACCUUCUGCGCGCUCGUGGCUUACAUUAAGAAUGAGCGAUGGGACGGCGUGCCUUUCAUCAUGAAGGCUGGCAAGGCACUCAACGAGCAGAAGACCGAGAUCAGAAUCCAAUUCAAGGACGUGACGUCUGGAAUCUUCAAGGAUAUUCCACGAAACGAGCUGGUCAUGCGGAUUCAGCCCAACGAGAGUGUGUACAUCAAGAUGAACUCGAAGCUGCCCGGCCUAAGCAUGCAGACCGUUGUGACGGAGCUCGACCUGACCUACCGACGACGAUUCUCGGAUCUGAAGAUCCCCGAGGCCUACGAGUCGCUCAUCUUGGACUGCCUCAAGGGCGAUCACUCCAACUUUGUCCGUGACGACGAACUCGAUGCUAGCUGGAGGAUCUUCACCCCUCUGCUUCACUAUCUCGAUGACAACAAGGAGAUCAUUCCUAUGGAGUAUCCUUACGGCUCUCGCGGUCCUGCUGUUCUGGACGACUUCACUGCCUCGUACGGUUACCGGUUCAGCGAUGCGGCUGGCUACCAGUGGCCGACCACCUCGGCUCUGCAGCCCAACAAGUUGUAA